CCUUCCCCAUCUCCGAGCUCAGGGUUUUCACCUAGGUCUAUCCCACGUGCUACUCGUAUUUGAGAAAGUUUUCUCCUUUGCCCGGGUCAACAACAAGGCCCUUGGCCUUUGAAAGUUGAACAGGUCGCCGUCGUCUCUGAAGAAAGCCUCAAAAAAGGGGGGGCUUUUAGAGCUGUUGGCUGGACGGAUUUACAGGAUUCAGAUAGUGGAGAUUUGCUGAAAAUGUUUGCAACUUCAGCCUAUUGAAGAUUGGAGCUUUUUGCGUUCUUAGAUUCAUAUUUGCUGAAAGCUAUGGGUGGUGGGAAGAGGAAGAAGAUUCAUAUUAGUAAACUUUUUAGCUUCACCUGUGGGAAAUCUCAUCAACAAGUAGAGGAAUCGCAGAUAGGAGGCCCUGGCUUCUCGCGAGUGACUUUCGCCAAUGAUCCGGAUUGCUUUGAGGCUAACAAUCUCAACUAUGGAUUGAACUAUGUUUCUACUACAAAAUACAAUUUGGCUACUUUUCUACCCAAGUCUUUGUUUGAGCAGUUCAGAAGGGUCGCAAACUUUUAUUUUCUUGUUACUGGAUGCCUUGCCUUCACUCCAUUGGCUCCCUACAGUGCUGGGAGUGCAAUUCUGCCUCUAAUUGUUGUGAUUGGAGCAACCAUGGCAAAGGAGGCUGUUGAAGAUUGGAGGAGGUUCCAACAGGAUACUGAAAUGAACAAUAGGAAGGUAAAGUUGCAUCGUGGAGAUGGAAAUUUUGAGGAUAUAGAAUGGAAGAAGUUGAGAGUUGGAGACGUAAAGUAUGAAUUUUGUCCUGCUGAUCUUAUCUUACUUUCAUCCAGUUAUGAUGAAGCAAUUUGUUACGUUGAAACCAUGAAUCUUGAUGGAGAGACAAAUCUAAAAAUGAAGCAGGCUAUGGAGACAACUUCAAAUUUACACAAUGAUUAUAGCUUUCAGCAGUUUAAAGCAAUAAUAACAUGUGAAGACCCAAAUGCAAAUCUCUAUACUUUUGUUGGAAGUAUGGAACUUGAGGGCCAACAAUACCCUCUCUCACCACAGCAGCUUCUUCUUCGGGAUUCGAAAUUGAGAAACACUGAUUAUGUUUAUGGGGUUGUGAUAUUCACUGGUCACGAUACAAAAGUCAUGCAGAAUGCCACUGAUCCACCAUCCAAAAGAAGCAAAAUUGAAAAGAAAAUGGACAAACUUAUAUAUCUCUUGAUGGCUUCUUUGGUCUUAAUUGCCAGCGUUGGGUCAAUCUUCUUUGGUAUUAAAACAAAAGAGGACAUAAGCAAUGGCAAGAUGAAGAGAUGGUAUCUCCGACCAGAUGAUACUGAUGUCUUCUAUGAUCCCAAAAGGGCCGCUCUUGCAGCAAUCUUGCAUUUUCUCACUGCAAUGAUGCUCUAUGGUUACUUCAUUCCUAUCUCUUUGUAUGUGUCCAUAGAGAUAGUCAAAGUUUUGCAGACCAUUUUUAUCAAUCAAGACCUACAAAUGUAUCAUGAGGAAUCUGACAAGCCUGCCCAUGCUCGCACGUCAAAUUUGAAUGAGGAAUUAGGCCAAGUCGACACCAUACUAUCAGACAAGACCGGAACACUAACAUGCAACUCAAUGGAGUUCAUCAAAUGCACAAUAGCUGGUAUUGCUUAUGGCCGAGGAGUUACAGAAGUUGAGAGGGCAAUGGCUAAAAAAAAAGGCUUCCCUUUGAUUUCUGAAGAGGAAAAUGAUGAUGAUAAUUUGAUUAGUAGGCCUGCAGUCAAGGGCUUCAACUUUAAAGAUCAUCGUAUCAUGAAUGGGAAAUGGGUCAGUGAACAGCAUUCUGAUGUCUUGCAGAAGUUUUUUCGAUUACUGGCAAUCUGCCAUACUGCUAUACCAGAAGUCGAUGAUGCCUCAGGAAAGAUAGUAUAUGAAGCUGAAUCGCCGGAUGAGGCCGCCUUUGUUAUCGCAGCAAGAGAGAUUGGAUUUCAGUUCUACAAGAGAACGCAGACAUCCAUUUCUUUGUAUGAGUUGGAUCCCUUGACUGGACACACAGUUGAAAGAUCGUACAGGCUUUUGAACAUCUUAGAGUUCAAUAGUGCAAGAAAAAGGAUGUCUGUGAUAGUUCGAAGCCCAGAGGGGAAAUUGUUGCUUCUUAGCAAAGGUGCCGACAGUGUGAUGUUUGAAAGGCUUGCUAAGGAUGGAAGGGAGUUUGAAGGAAAGACCAGGAAGCAUAUUAAUAAAUAUGCUGAUGCUGGUUUGAGAACAUUGGUGCUUGCCUACCGUCAGCUUGAUGAAGAGGAAUAUCAAAUAUUCAAUAAGGAAUUUAUGGAAGCCAAGAACUCAGUCAGUGCUGACAGGGAAGAAAAAAUUGAUGCAGCCGCUGAGCUGAUUGAGAAUAAUUUGAUUCUCCUUGGUGCCACAGCUGUUGAAGAUAAGUUGCAAAUUGGGGUUCCUGAAUGCAUUGAUAAAUUAGCUCAAGCUGGAAUCAAGAUAUGGGUUCUUACUGGUGACAAGAUGGAGACUGCCAUCAACAUCGGAUAUGCCUGCAGCCUUUUAAGACAAGGAAUGAAGCAGAUAAUAAUUACACUGGACUCUCCAGAUAUUGCCCUGCUGGAGAAAGAAGGGAACAAAGUCGCCAUUUCCAAGGCAUCAAUGGAAAGUGUUGCCCGGCAAAUAACAGAAGGGAAGAAACUAAUGAGUUCUUCAAGCUCAGAGUCAUUCUCUUUGAUAAUUGAUGGAAAGUCCCUUGCAUAUGCUCUAGAUGAUGCUGUCAAGAAUCUAUUCUUCGAGUUAGCUAUUGGCUGCGGAUCUGUUAUAUGCUGUCGUUCUUCUCCCAAGCAAAAGGCCCUUGUAACAAGACUGGUUAAAACUAGCACCGGUAAAGUAACAUUAGCAAUUGGUGAUGGAGCCAAUGAUGUCGGCAUGCUACAAGAAGCAGACAUUGGGAUUGGUAUCAGUGGAGCUGAAGGAAUGCAGGCAGUUAUGGCAAGUGAUGUUGCAAUUGCCCAAUUUCGCUUUCUAGAACGCUUACUACUAGUGCACGGACAUUGGUGUUACAGGAGGAUAUCAUCAAUGAUCUGCUACUUUUUCUACAAGAACAUAACAUUUGGACUUACCAUCUUCUUGUACGAGGCAUACACAACAUUCUCCGGACAACCUGCUUAUGAUGAUUGGUUUCUAUCAUUGUACAAUGUUUUCUUCACGUCUCUUCCAGUUUUAGCUUUGGGCGUAUUUGACCAGGAUGUUUCCGCUCGAUUUUGCCUCAAGUUUCCCAUGCUUUACCAAGAAGGUGUACAGAAUCUCCUCUUCAGUUGGCGCAGAGUCCUCAGUUGGAUUUUCAAUGGCAUCAUAAGCGCCGUCAUGAUCUUCUUCUUGACCAUAAGUGCUUACCAGUACCAGGCAUUCCGCAAGGGUGGUGAGAUUGUUAGUCGUGAUAUUCUUGGUGGCACAAUGUACACUUGCGUGGUUUGGGUAGUCAAUUGCCAAAUGGCAAUCUCUGUCAGCUAUUUCACCCUCAUUCAGCACAUAUUCAUUUGGGGCGGCAUCGCCUUAUGGUAUAUUUUUCUCCUUGCGUAUGGAGCAAUUACUCCUACCAUUUCCACAAUUGCCUAUCAGUUGUUUGAAGAGGCGCUAGCUCCGGCACCAUCUUUCUGGAUCACGACACUCUUCGUUGUGAUCUGUACGCUCAUUCCAUACUUCACCUUCACCGCGAUUCAAAUUAGGUUUUUUCCGAUGUAUCAUAACAUGAUCCAGUGGAUCCGGUUUGAUGGGAGGCAAGAUGAUCCCGAGUACUGCCAAAUGGUAAGGUUGAAUUCUGUGAGGACGACGACCGUAGGGGUUUCGGCAAGACUAGAUGCAAGGGUUUCCACUAAAGUGUAUGAUGAAUUCAGUGACUACGCAGUUUAACCUUUGUACAGUAUACUGCUGCCAUAGGUUACAAGGCUAGAUUUUGGGUAAUGCAACUUUUGUUGUAAUGUUUAUAAAUUAAUUAUAAGGAAGGGAUGCGGUUGAAAU